AGUUCCCAAUAUGAUCCCCUACAGAUACAUCAGUUUCUUCCUCAGUACUUUUUUUAUAUUCCACGACAGUGCAUCUCGUGCAAUCCCUCCCCUUGCUAUGAUCGGGGGCAUGGUAAAGAAGAACUGUUCCGACCCCCUGGACCACGGUGACUUCUGCUGGUCUGACCAACUCCAGGCUAACUUCCUGGGAGUGUUCUACUACGGAUACUGUCUACAGAUGUUGUCCACGUAUCUGGCGGCGAGAGCUGGUUUUAACACUUGUGUCAGGCUUGCUUUGUUCGUCUGCGCUGUGAUUCAGUUAACCACGCCCAUUAUGAUAUCCUUCUCCCCGGUGUUAGCUAUAGUUGUUCAGGGGUGCCGGGGCUUUGUGUCUGGGCUGUUCAUAACGAUGAAUUUCGAGUGUGCACGUAAAUGGGGGCUCAAUAACGAGGGAAAGUUUGUGAUAUCAUUUUGUGGAAUGAUGAACUACUUUGGAACUGGUGCUGGUCCUUUUAUCGCUGGGCUCCUGGCCGAAUCAGUGGGAUGGGUAUAUGCUUAUUAUCUGAGUGGAGGUGUUUUCCUUGUAGUAUUCUUAAUUCAGUGUGCUUUAGUUCCUGAUGACCCAGUGGAUGCGAGGUUCAUGUCGUCCAAAGAGCGGGGAAUGUUUGUAGAGAAGAAGCAGAGAGAGGACCUUGAACCAGCUAACAAAACCACGAUAUCUCUCAAAUCUCUGUUCCAGCGAAGGUUCCUUUAUUGUUUCUCUAUUUAUCAGAUUUGCCGGAAUUUUCUUUACUAUUCGGUCUUAACCAUGCUGCCUUUCUACCUUAACGAAAUGUUCGGUAAAGAUACUGAGUUUUUGGCGUUCUACUCACUUGCAAUGUGUCUCUCACUUGCAUUCUCUGCAUUUAUUUGGGGUUCCAUCCUUCCUUGCGUUGAUCAGAGAAUGUCCUGGUUUAAAAGCAGGAUUUUCAUUUUAACCGUCCCCAUGAUUAUACGUGGAGCAUGUUUUGCAGUGAUUCCUUUUAUCAAGAGUAUAGAAGGUUGCAUCGCGCUGUUAGUCUUGCAUAAUGUAAUGGAAGCUACUGUGUACUCAGGAGGGCUCAUGACCGUCAGCUUCGAGCUGGAUCCAGCUCACAGCAAAGUGGUAGUUGGGGUCCACAACGGAGUUGGUCAAACUGCUGGCUUCAUCGCUCCUCUUGUGAGUGCAGCGUUUACCAGUGUGGACGAAACCAGGCCAGACUACUGGGAAGUAAGGGGGAGGAGAUGGAGGAACUUCCUGUUGCUGAAUAGUGGGGUGGCGACGGUGGCGGUGGCGAGUGUGUUUGUCGCUGUUGCGUGGCGGAGGAGCGAGUGGAGGAAACAUCCUUCUCUCUGUUUUGAGAGUAAGGAGGAGGAGGAUAAAGUCAAAGAGACGGAAAACGGCAUUGUUAUUAAAAAUGUUGCUGCAGGAUGUUGCUGAACAAUAGGUUGUGUCGAUUUGAUGAGAGAAAUAAGAGAAAUAAGAGAAGUAAGAGAAAAGAGAAAAAGGAGAAAAGAUUUAGAUGGGACAAAUAACAAUUUGUCUGUUGGAACACACAAGACUCACUCUUACUUAGUACUUUACAUAGAUUUUACCGAGUCACAAUGAAGUUAAUGGUAACAUAAUAUUAUUAUGAUCGUUCGUCACAGUAUUAAAAAAUGAUUCUGAUAACUUAAAUUGGUUAUUCAUUAUUCAAUA